UUUGAAAUUUACUCACUCAAUCCAGAGGUGGCCGGCGGCGAGCCCUGAUCGGAGUAAUAUACAAUAGCGGUGGCAAGGCUACAACAAUCGAAAAAUCUCUCUUUACUGUUAAUUGUUUGAAUCGAGACUCAAAAUAAGACAAACAAAAUACCAUUAUGGACAGCAGCACUGCUCGCAGAAGAUUGGAUUGUAUUUCUCAUCACCUUUUACUGCCAUAUCAACCCAAUCAUUUUCUUCAACCAGGUUUAGUCAGUAAUGGGCAAUUGGAAAGUGAAGUGUUUGAGCCUGUGAUCAUUGGUGGUAUGGUUUUGGACAUUCAUGCCACUCCUUCAACUCCUGCAAGUCCAAGGACCACUACUCCUGGAAUGAUCAACUAUGUAUUGGGUGGUGUAGCAAGAAAUGUUGCAGAGUGCAUGUCAAAGCUUGCAACAAAACCUUUUAUGAUUAGUGUCUUGGGUCUUGACAUGGCAGGAAAUAUGUUGCUGGAUCACUGGAAAUCUGCUGAGCUAUCAACCAAAGGAAUUCUGAGGCAGGAUGUUAUCAAGACUGCUGUUGUAAGCAACAUAUUUGAUGUUACUGGAGAGGUGGCGGCUGGUGUUGCAAGCGUGGAAGCUAUUGAAAAGUAUCUUACACCAGAUUGGAUCCAGAAAUUCAAGCACAACAUACAAUCUGCUCCUGUUCUGAUGGUUGAUGCAAAUCUGAAUCUUUCAGCUCUAGAAUUUUCUUGCCAAAUAGCUGCAUCAUCAAAUACUCCAGUGUGGUUUGAGCCUGUAUCAGUUGCUAAAUCUCGAAGAAUUGUGUCGGUUGCCAAGUAUGUAACUUUUGUUUCGCCAAAUGAAUAUGAACUUAUUUCCAUGGCUAACGCUUUAACUGGUGGAAGCGAGUUUUCUUUCUCUCCAUUUGAAAGUGACAACAUAGAAUCUUUGCUCCAAAGGCUAAAACCCGCGAUACGAGUACUGCUGAAAAAUGGUAUCAAAUUUGUUGUUGUCACACUUGGCUCGAAAGGAAUGUUGUUAUGCUCUAAUGGAGAGCCAAGAUUUACAAGCGUUGAUCAUGAAGGGUACAAACAAGAUGUUACUAGAAGAAAGUUAUAUAAGACCGUCGCUUCAGCCUGUCCUCGUAAACUUUUCUCUGACUGUGCAAAAUCAGAGACUCUUCUAUUUGCUAUCCAUCUUCCGGCUCUUCCUGCAUCAGUUGUGAGGCUUACCGGGGCUGGUGAUUGCUUGGUUGGUGGGACUCUUUCUUCUAUUUGUGCUGGUUUGGAUGUGAUACAAAGCUUGGCAGUCGGCAUUGCAGCUUCAAAAGCAGCUGUUGAAGCUGAGGCUAACGUCCCCAAUGUUCUUGAUUUGGCCUCAAUUGCAGAGGAUGCAAGGUUGGUUUACUCUGCAGCCAAAGUUGUGUGCAUGGAAACAAUGGUCUGAAAUCAAUUUUUUUUUCAUGAAUUGAAUGAGAUCGAAACAUUCAGCUGUCGACGGACAAACUAUCAUUCCCCUUUACUUGAAAGAAAAUGCAGUGUACGUUUUCAUAAUUAUACUCAAGUUAAUUCAUGAAAAAUGCAUUAUAUUUGUUACUGUGAUUCAGUUUUGAGCAAUCUCAUUUAUCAAUGAGUCAUAUCAUAAAUAUCUCAAUGUUAAUAUGCUUGAACUGAAUAAGAAUUGGAGAAAUUUUUGUCAAUUUUUCAGGUUUGUUUGGAAGGAAAUAAAACUUUUUUCAUAUAAUAAAGUGCAUUAGUAAUUAAAUGUUAAUAAACAUAUGGAUUGCUAUAUUUAUUGGCAGUUGAUUUUUUUUAAA